AGGUUGAGUCUCACACUCAUUUCUGAUUAGAACAACGUCUCAGUCGCUUGGAUCUCUAAUUCUUUCCUCACCCACCCAAACCAACCCACACAAUACCCCCAAGCAUCGAAUCCCAAGUUGAUUUCACUCCCAAUUCGGGGUUUAGUCACUCUCACCCUUCUUCCCCUUACUGUUGAGGUUAGGAGUUGAAAACACAAAUAGUGAAUACUGUAUGAUGAAAUGUAACUGUAUAUCAUUAUAUAAAUAGCUAGUUGAAUAGAAGCAAAAAGGGUCUUUUAUUCAACCAUUGUAUACCUUCUUUUAAGUUGAGUUGGGUGAGUGGGGUGAGUGGAGGAGAGUGAGAUAUUUUCCUUUUCCCUUCUUUUAAGGUCUCGCCGUCUUUGGCUGAUUCACUGCACUGAUUUCAUUUUUCAUAUAUAUAUUUUCUUUCAGCUGAGGAAAUUGGUGGCUGCAUUAAAGUAAGGAGCUUUACUGUGGCAAUUAUUUCAGGAACCAUAUAAAACCCCUCUCUCUCUUUCUCUCUGCCAACUCUUGGGAUGGAGAAUUCAUAAACUCUCACACUGCCCCCUCCUAUAUACCUUCUUUGGCUUUUCCUUUUUUUCCAUCUGAUACAAUACUUUUAUCAAAGUCUGUUCUUUUUCCAUUCUUGAGAAGGAGAAAACAAAUAAAGAUCUACCAGGAUUUAGACAUUGGCUUUAGAGAAAAACCAAGACAAUGCUGCCUCAGAAGCAAGCAGAAGAAGCAAUAGUCUCAAACUUAACCGAGAUGGAGCUUGAAACCAGAGAAGAAGAGAAAGAUGAAGAAGAACAACAAUCAUUGUUUAGUGUUAAAAACCUCCUCUGGCAUGGUGGCUCAGCUUGGGAUGCCUGGUUCAGCUGCGCUUCCAAUCAAGUGGCUCAAGUGCUGUUGACACUACCCUAUUCUUUCUCUCAACUGGGUAUGCUGUCGGGAAUUCUGCUUCAGAUAUUCUAUGGACUAAUGGGAAGCUGGACUGCCUAUAUCAUCAGUGUGCUCUAUAUAGAGUACAGAAGCAGGAAAGAGAAAGAGAACGUCAGCUUCAAGAACCAUGUCAUCCAGUGGUUUGAAGUGCUUGAUGGGCUGCUGGGUCCAUACUGGAAGGCAGCUGGACUUGCCUUCAACUGUACCUUCCUCUUAUUCGGAUCUGUCAUACAACUUAUAGCUUGUGCAAGCAAUAUUUACUACAUCAAUGAUAAAUUGGACAAAAGGACAUGGACCUAUAUUUUUGGAGCUUGCUGCGCAACCACAGUUUUCAUUCCUUCCUUUCACAACUACCGUAUUUGGUCUUUCCUAGGUCUUGGGAUGACCACCUAUACGGCCUGGUACUUGGCAAUAGCUGCCUUUGUUCACGGUCAGGUUGACGGAGUUACGCACAGCGGUCCAAAAAAGUUAGUGCUCUACUUCACCGGAGCCACCAACAUUCUAUACACCUUUGGGGGACAUGCUGUGACGGUGGAAAUCAUGCAUGCAAUGUGGAAGCCUCAAAAAUUCAAGUACAUAUACUUAUUGGCCACAUUAUAUGUAUUUACCUUAACCCUUCCAUCCGCUUCUGCCGUCUACUGGGCAUUCGGGGACGAGCUGCUCAACCAUUCCAACGCCUUCUCUCUCCUCCCCAAGAAUGGUUUCCGUGAUGCUGCCGUCAUCUUAAUGCUUAUUCACCAGUUCAUAACAUUUGGGUUUGCCUGCACUCCAUUAUACUUCGUGUGGGAGAAGGUGAUUGGGAUGCACGACACAAAAAGCAUAUGUUUGAGGGCGCUGGCAAGGCUGCCAGUGGUGAUUCCAAUCUGGUUCCUGGCCAUCAUCUUCCCCUUUUUCGGCCCCAUAAACUCCGCAGUCGGUGCUCUUUUGGUCAGCUUCACCGUCUACAUCAUCCCAGCUUUAGCCCAUAUGCUCACCUACAGAAAAGCCUCUGCUCGACAGAAUGCAGCAGAAAAGCCUCCGUUCUUCAUGCCAAGCUGGACUGCAAUGUAUGCCUUCAAUGCCUUCAUAGUGGUGUGGGUUUUGGUGGUUGGAUUUGGGUUCGGUGGAUGGGCUAGCAUGACCAAUUUCAUCAGGCAAAUCGACACUUUCGGCUUGUUCGCUAAGUGCUAUCAAUGCAAGCCACCUCCACCAACCGGAGCAGCAGCAGCUGCUGCAAACCACCACUGAGUUGACUCGACCCAAAAACUUAUAUAGCAAGAAACAAAAACCAAAGAAAGAAACAAUAUGAAUUCCCUGUUUUCCUUCCAUAUCUUUGUAUCAUACAUGGGAAGAUACCAAUGUCUCCCCUACAUGUGAUGUGUGCUGGAUUUUGUCUUUUUUUUUUUUUUUCUAUUUUUUUCCCUCAACCCCUUCUCUAAAAUUAGUAAAUUAAAAAUAGUGUGUUGAAUUUGUGAUGAUUCCUUUGCAAUCAAAAGCAUAGGCCUAAUUAAAUACCAUAUGUUUAGCUUUCUACUAUCUUUUUCUCAUAUCCUUUGGUUGAGAUAAUGUAUAAAAAUUUUGGUUGUUCAUUCCAAAACAAUGAAACUUUAUUUUUAAUGUGGAAUGCCAAUUAUUACAACUAUCAUGUUCCCACA